CAAUAGGCCAAAGAGAAAAAAAGUAAUCAACGACCAACGGCCCCCCGGGCUUCUCGCCUUUAAAGACGUCCCUUCACCACAACUUUUUUUCUUUCCUUCCUUCUUCUUCCUUCACUCACUUUCCUUGCCCUCCAAUCCUUCUACUCCUAAAAUCCAUACUCUCCACUCUUUUUAUUUCACCAUGUCAUUCAUUGAAACCAAGGCCGACUCGGACUUCUCCAUUCAUAACAUUCCUUUCGGAAUCAUUUCUACUUCGCAGAACCCUGCUCCGCGCGUCGCCACUCGCAUUGGCGACCAUGUCGUCGAUCUUUCCGUUCUUGCUCAGGCCGGCCUUUUCUCUCAGAUCGUAGCUGAUGCUCAGGGCGUAUUCUCUCAGCCUAGCUUAAACUUAUUCAUGUCUCUGGGCAAGCCCAUCUGGACUGCUACUCGCAAGCACAUCCAGAAGCUUCUCUCUGCUGAUGAGCCAACUCUCCGUGACAACCAGGACCUCAUCCAGCGCGCCAUCUUCCCUAUCUCUUCUAUCAAGACUCAUCUUCCUGCUAACAUUGGAGAUUACACUGACUUUUACGCUUCCAAGGAGCACGCCACCAACGUCGGAAUCAUGUUCCGUGGUAAAGAGAACGCCUUGAUGCCCAAUUGGACCCACCUCCCUGUCGGUUACCACGGCCGCGCCUCCAGUGUUGUUGUCUCUGGCACAGGGUUGAAGCGUCCUAAUGGUCAACGUACCGUCGUCAAGGGUGAGGCGCCUCAAUAUGGCCCUUCGCUUCGUUUGGACUGUGAACUUGAGAUGGCCUUCUUAGUCGGCACUGGCAACGAUUUGGGCGAGCCCAUUACCAUUCAAAAUGCCAAGAACCAUAUCUUCGGUGUUGUUCUUAUGAAUGACUGGAGUGCCCGUGACAUUCAGGCUUGGGAGUAUGUUCCUUUGGGUCCAUUCCUCGGCAAGAACUUUGGUACGACUGUCUCUGCCUGGGUUGUCACCAUGGAUGCUCUCGAACCUUUCUUGGUGGACGGACCCGUCCAGGACCCCAAACCCUUGGAGUACUUGGCUGAGAAUACUGCUUCUGCUUACGACAUCAACCUUGAGAUUAAACUUAAGCCUGCUGAGGGUACCAAAUACAGCGUUAUCUCACGCUCCAAUUUGAAGUACAUGUACUGGUCUUUCAACCAGCAGCUGGCCCACCAUACCGUCAACGGAUGCAAUAUGCGCACUGGUGAUCUCUGUGGAUCGGGCACGAUCUCUGGCCCUACUGAGGAUUCCUUUGGAUCAAUGCUCGAGCUCUCCUGGAGCGGUGCCAAGGAUAUUCAGUUGGAGGAGGGCAUUACUCGCAAGUUCUUGCAGGAUAACGAUGAAAUGAUCUUGGCCGGUUGGUGCGAGAAGGAUGGUGUUCGCGUUGGAUUCGGCGAGUGCCAUGGAAAGAUCCUCCCUGCCAACAAGUAAAAACGAAGUUGUCUAUUGCAUUCUAAUCAUUGUUUUUGUACAUACAUCAAUAAAAAUUUAAUCCAUUGAGCCAUC